GUUAUUCGCUGCAUCACUAACUAAUCCCAAUACAUUAUACAUAACAGAGAUCUGGUGACCGUCCUAGCGGGGAUCCCUUCAGAUCCGCUACCCGUGCCACCAGCAUGUCUCCUAGCUUCGCUCCGAUUGGACCACCGCGGGCUCAAGUACGCAAUCGACUUUGCUAAGGGGUGGCUGCUGGCUUACACGGGUGCCUGUCACCGGGACUUGACCGACUAGGUACCUCUUGGAGGGCUUUAUUGUCCUGGCAGGCUGGCAGGGUCAUGUUUAUAUUUAUAUAAGGCUUUCGGAUACGAAAUCGAGAAUUUUAUACUACAAUAUUGGUAACCGGGCACUAUCCGCGCGCAGGAAUAAGAUCGGGGCGUUACGAUGCGGAUUCUGUCCUUUGUCGCCCGAGUGUCCCUGAUCGUCGGCCGGGGAGUUACGGCAUAUCUCGAGACUGGCGAUGGGUCUCAGAAAGUACUUGCGUCCAGUACGGCGGAGGGAGUUCUAGAUAAGUUCGAUCCUAGCAGUAUAGUCGCCAGCACCAGAGAAGAUGCGCAGAGUCCCGCGUCGUGCGCGGCUUGCGAGUCAGUCCUCUUACAACUUAAGCUUAUAGCUGCGGCAGGCGAUAGCUUCUUCAUCCACUCUAUGACAGAGCUCUGCCAGCGAUCCGGCGUCCAAGACGCAGACGUCUGCGCAGGCUCCAUAGCUCUCGAGGGCCCCAUCGUCGCGCACAGCUUGCGCGGCCUUGCCAUCGGCUCCCGGACGUCGCGGCUGGUGUGUGUAGCGCUCAUGGGACUAUGCCAGCACCCCGAGGUCUUGCCGCAUAACGUCUCAUUCCCGUCGCCGAAAAGGUUGACGGGUAGACCGCCACCUAGUGGCUUGGAGCCGGUGCAGGUGGUGCAUUUCUCGGAUAUACAUAUUGAUCCGCUGUAUGUCGAGGGCGCGAAUGCGAAUUGCACCAAGCCGAUUUGCUGCAGGGAAUACGCCGACGCUGACAAGCCCGGCUUCAACGACUUCCCAGCCGGGCGACACGGUGAGCACACAUGCGACUCACCCGCGAGCCUGGAAGACAGCAUGUACGCGGCGAUCCAAGCCAUCGCGCCCGACUCUGCCUUCGCCAUCUUCACGGGCGAUAUCGUCGAUCACGCUGUAUGGGAUACGUCUGAGUCGCAGAGCGCGUUCGGCAUUGAGGAUGCUUACGGGCGCAUGGCACACGCUGGACUGCGCGUCUACGGCACAGCCGGAAAUCACGAAGCUUCACCUGCGAACUCAUUCCCGCCUACUCCGGCAAACGGCGACGAUAACAAUACCAACAAUAACAGCAAUGCCGCGCAAUGGUUAUACGACCUGCUCUCCACGACUUGGUCCCGGUGGAUCGGCCCACAGGCUGCAGCUACGACGAGGGAAUUUGGUGCGUACUCGGUGCAGCACAUUUCUGGCAGGGAAGGCCUAGGGAAACUGCGCGUGAUAUCUCUCAGCACAAACAUGUACUACGGGCAUAACUACUGGCUGUACGAGGAGCCUAUGCAGAGAGACCCGAGCGGACAGCUGGCGUGGCUGGUAGGGGAGCUGGAUGCAGCGGAGAAGGCAGGCGAGCGUGUGUAUAUCAUAGGGCAUAUGCCUAUGGGAAAUCGGGAUGCCUUCCAUGAUGGGUCGAAUUAUUUUGAUCAGAUUGUGCGGCGGUAUGAAGGGACUAUCGCUGCUAUGUUCUUUGGCCACACUCACUUCGACGAGUUCGAGCUAUCAUACGCAGACAAUUCGAACAAGUCUCACUCCAACGCACUAGUAACCUCUUACAUCGCACCCUCCAUGACUCCCGCAUCAGGACACCCUGCCUUCCGCGUCUACACCGUCGAUCCCAUCACCUUUGGCGUACUGGAUGCUACCACAUAUAUCGCCAACAUGAGCGACCCAUCUUUCUCAUCCCCUUCGGGACCAAAAUGGACAAAAUACUAUUCGGCACGGGAGGCAUACGGGCCACUACUAGUCGGGGAAACUGAAAAGUCGGACGCAGGUCAGAAAUUGGAAGAGCUAACUCCCGCGUUCUGGCACAACGUGACCUCGGCCUUGGAGCGUAACGAAACGGCGUUCGCGGAGUACUUUGCACGGAGGCGCCGAGGGUGGGAGAUAGGGAGGAGCUGCGACGAAAAGUGUAGACGCGCCGAGAUAUGCAAGAUGCGGGCUGCGAGAGCCGAGGAUAAUUGUGUGCCACCCGGCCUGCGGUUGGACGCUAAUGGUGGUGGGGCGGAUAACGGCCGAGGAGAAGAAGGGGUGGAAGAAGAAGAAGAUGAGUGUGGAGGCUCGGUUGUGCGUGACACCUUGGGGAGUUUGGUUGGGGAUGUAAAUAUGCUGAAGCUACUUGGGGAGUUGGCGGUUGCGAGGGAGUUAUUAUAGAUGUAACUAUAUACUAUUAGAAUGUUAGGAUGUUAGGAUGUUAUCUAUACGCUAGCAAUCUCCGUAGUUAUAGACUUUAGAGAGUGGUAGGGUUCUAGAUGAGAUAUCUAGACUUCCACUAUAUUAUAGUCAUA